AUGAACCUUCUACUAACAUUGCUAAUUCUUGCCUAUCUGCAAGUCUGUUCCGGUUGUGCGGCUACCUCUCCCGGAACUUCAAUUCCCAGAACAACCACCGCAUCUCCGGGAGCAGUAACCACUAUUCCCAUCACGACAACAGUGGCAAUAACAACAACAACAACAACAACCACAGCGGCACCACUAAGUAAGCAAAAUAUUCCUCCAGGUUUUAAAUGUACUAGGGUAGAGGCUCCCGAUCCUGCAACUGGUUGUUUGCGACUUACCGCUAUCUGCGCAGCUCAAGCUGGAUUCUUUGGCUUCAUGGAGUUCAACAUAAACGAGGGUGGUCCUCUAGAAAAUCAGGAUGUCGUUCAGGUCGUUGAAGCACUACUGGAAUGCAGGGAUGGAGCGUGGUUCUAUCGUGAUGUUCCUAGACAAGUAAACUCCGUUCAAUGCAUACAGGCACCACCUUAG